UUUUUUUUUUUUUUUUUUUUUUUUUAAACAAUCUUCUCCGUACAUUGAUCUAUUCAUUUCAUUUUUUUAAAAAAAGAAGAAGAGUAAAAUCAACGCCAAAUAAAAAUGAUAACUUCCCCUAAAUAAUAACCUGAUUGACUUUAUAGAAUCAUGUUGAGAGUCUCUAAAUUAUACAGCACAGGUGCCAUUCGCACCAAUUUACUUUCCACAAACGCCACACAACGUGUCGGAACCGUUAUCAAGCGUUGUGAGAGCACAGUUACCACCGAAGAAAAAAAGUCGGGCUCUGUUUUGAACAAACUUCUUGGCUUAACAUUUUUGUUAGGUUCAGCCUAUGGAGGAGCAGCUUAUUAUGCAUUGAACGACAAAGCUUUCCGCGACACAUACACCACCUACGUACCUGGCGGAGAACAGACAUUGGAAUUGAUCCAAGACAUCCAAAAGAACCAAGACAUGGAUAAAUAUCGUAACGGUGCUUUGGAUUUAAAAAAGCAAGCAGAGGAAUAUGCACAAUCCGCUAAAGUGUACGGUGCCAAGAUUCAAGAGUCUACUGCCAGUGCCGUCGAUUACGCCACCGAGGCCUAUCAACAAUUGACCGGUCAAAAGGAAGCACCCAAACCCUUUGAUCAUAAGACACCCGCUGUUAGCAUCGUUUCCGCUCAAAACAACGUGAACCAAAAGACACCUACGGAUACCACUACCACAGCCGCUUUGACAACCGAUAACAAACAAGCUCCCGCUGUUGUUGCCGUCGCCAUCGAAAAGCCUGAACCCAUCAUUGUCAAGUCUGUCCAAUCCGACAAUGCGGUCAUUCGUGAACUCGAUCAAAUUGUUUCCGAAUUAGCUUCCAUCUUGAACGAUUCCGGAUUAGCUGGUUUGGGUCGUGAAAUCAUUGGAGAUGCCCAAGCCAAGGUUGAAAAGUUGAACAAGGGGUUUGUAUCUUUGGAUGCUGAACAAGCUGCCAUCUUGAGUGCAUUGAAGGAGCUCAGUGCCAAGGGAGAGCAAAUCGAAGGUAGUCUCGAAAAGUUCCAUGUGGAAGCUGGUCAAGCCAUUGAACAAGCCCAUAUCCGCACUGCCGAGCAAAUCAUUGCUCGUGAAGCUCAAUUGAAGAACCAAUUCGAACAAACCCGUGCUGAAAUGAAGACCUCUUUUGCUCAACAAUUAGCUGCUGAUUUAAAUGCUCAAUCCGAGCGUUUGGAAAAGGCUCGUUCCAAUGCUUUAGCCGCUCAAGCUCAAGAAUUGCAACGUCGUUUUGUCAAGGAAGUCAAGUUGCUUGUUGAACAAGAGAGAGCAGGUCGUUUAGCUAAAUUGGACGAUAUCUCCAAGAGAUUUAAGGCACUUGAACAAUCUUCUGUCCAAAACGCCGAGGCCUUGGACAAAUCUCGUCAAUACCAUGUGAUUCAUGUUACUCUGGAUGCCUUCCAAGAAGCCCUUCAAUCUCAACAAAGACAACCUUUCAACAAUGAAUUACAAGCUUUGAGCCUCAACACCAAGGGUGAUAAGGUCAUCCAAACCGUUUUGAGCGCUAUCCCCAAGGAUCUUGCCCAGGAAGGUGUCAACUCCAUCAGUGAAUUAUCCGCUCGCUUUGAGGAAGUCGCGGAUGAGGUUCGUCAAGUGGCUCUCGUACCCGAGGAUGGUGGUUUUGGUUCUCACAUCAUCAGUAUCAUCAUGUCUUAUUUGAUGUUCAAGAAAUCUGGUUUGGUCCAGGGUGAUGAUGUCGAGUCUGUUUUGUCCCGUACCGAUUAUUACUUGAAGAGAGAUAAUUUGGAAUUCGCUGCUCGUGAAUUGAACCAACUUAACGGUUGGCCCAAGAGAUUGGCUGCUGAUUGGAUCCAAGCUGCCAGACGUCAUUUGGAAGUGAAACAAGCAUUAGAGACACAAGCUGUUUUAUUGAACGACGUCAAAAACCAUUUAAAAGAUGGCAUCACCGUCGUUGUUUUGGGGGCUUCUGGUGAUCUAGCCAAGAAAAAAACAUUUCCUGCCUUAUUUGCAUUAUUCUCAAACAACUUUUUACCAAAGAAUACACAAAUUGUGGGGUAUGCCCGUAGCGAAAUGAAGCUGACUGACUUUCAUCGCCGUAUCAAGUCCUUUAUCAAAGCGGAGGAUGAUGAUGGUAAGAUUGACGGCUUUUUAAAAUUAUGUCAUUACGUACAAGGCCAAUACGACAAGGAAGAAAGCUGGCGGAAUUUAGACAGCUAUGUCACUGAUCUAGAGGAUAAACAAGGUUUGACGGAUGAGCAAAAAAAUCGAUUGUUCUAUGUGGCAUUACCUCCUAGCGUCUUCGUCACUGUGGCUUCCGGCCUCCGAAAAUACGUCUAUGGUAAAUCAGCCACCAACUCCAUCGUCAUCGAAAAACCCUUUGGUAAGGAUCUCACUAGCUGCCAAGAUUUGGUAGGAAAAAUCAAGGCGUUGUACAAGGAAGAAGAGCUUUACCGCAUUGAUCAUUAUCUUGGCAAAGAAUUGGCCAAAGAUAUCAUGACCAUCCGAUUUUCAAACAUGAUCUUUUGUCCGCUCUGGGCAAGAACACAUAUUGAUUCUGUUCAGAUCACUUUGAAGGAACCCUUUGGUACUGAAGGCCGUGGUGGUUACUUUGACGAAUUUGGUAUCAUUAGGGAUGUUAUGCAGAACCAUCUUUUGCAGCUAAUGUCGCUUGUGGCAAUGGAGAGACCAAUUGGACGAGAUGCGGAGGCUAUUCGUGAUGAAAAAGUAAAGGUGCUAAAAUGUAUUCAGCCAAUCAAAUUAGAAGACACCUUACUAGGCCAAUAUGUCAAAAAUGGUAAUAAGCCGGGUUACCUAGACGACGAAACCGUUCCCAAGGGAAGCCUAUGUCCUACAUUUGCAGCAAUGGUACUUUGGAUUGAUAAUGAAAGAUGGGCUGAUGUGCCAUUUAUACUCAAGGCUGGUAAAGCGGUUGACAAUGCCAAGGUUGAAAUCCGUAUCCAGUUCAAGAAAUUGCACGGUAGCCUAUUCCAUGGAGUCGCACGCAAUGAGUUGGUGUUCCAUGUACAACCUGGUGAGGCAGUCUAUAUGAAAUUUAACAAUAAGUGCCCUGGCUAUUCCAAUGAGAGCAUGGUGACCGAAUUAGAUCUUACCUAUCGAUCUCGCUACAAGAAUCUAAAGGUACCGGAGGCUUACGAGACAUUGAUAUUGGAUGUCAUGCGAGGUGAUCAUUCUAACUUUGUUCGCCACGAUGAAUUGUUUGCUGCAUGGUCUAUAUUCACACCUUUAUUACAUUUAAUUGAAAAGGAAAAGGUCAAGCCAGAGCCUUAUCCUUAUGGAUCUCGUGGUCCCGAGAAAUUGGACAAAUUUGUACGAAAAUACGGUGUUGAAAGACUGGCACAUGAAAAUUAUCAAUGGCCGUUACAAAGCCUCGAGAAUUAG